AUGUUACCACCAAUUGGUCUUACUUAUAAUUUUACUUUUACCGGUGUUGCUGUUACGACUUCUGUAGCUGGUGUUUAUGCUGUACAAGCUGUCACUGCUAAAGAUCAAGCAAAAAUAAUUGGCUAUCGAAUUCGGCAAGAAUAUACUAAAGACACUCAUGAAAUACUUUACACAGUAUCAUAUACGAAUGGUACAAGUUUUCAAGCAGGAGUCUAUCCUGAUACGCAAGAAUGUUUCGCCGUUGAACGCCAAGAGAUAAGUUGUACAGGCUGGUCAAGCACUGAUGUCUUCAGAUGGAAUAAUACGUGCUCAGAGAAAUCAGAAAAAGAACCCAAAAGUAUUACAAAAAUGACUGUUCAAGCAGAUAAUUCUGAUUUAAGACGUCCAGUUAGUUUGAAUCUAACAAUAACACUUGAUGGUGUACCUUUUCCAUUAUUCUCGAGUUUCCAGUUUGCAUCAGAAACUAAAGGAAAAGAUUUUCCGCAUGUUAAAUGUUAUUUUUAA